CGAGUACGCAUCCUCUCCUUGUUCCAUAUAGUAAACAAGUCUCGCCGUCACUGCUGUCCUUACCAUCUUCAUUCUUUACUACCGGUACUAGUCGAUUCUAAACUCUAGAGCGACGUAAACAGCAAUAUACACAAUGGCUUACAACAGACCAUACAAUCCGGACGAACUGCCAAGAUUCGCAGAGCCCGACCAAAAAGGCGGCGCGCCUCACCCAUCCUCUCGCUACGAGUCCAAGCCCCAACCGCCUGUUCCUAGCCCCCGACACGACUCCCUUCCGACUCGUCGCACAGAUACAGGACGUCUGACUCCUACUGGUUACGCCCCGAGCGGUUCGAGCGGUUAUAGCAAUAAUAGUGGUGUCAGCCACAGCAACAGCUACGAUCACGGCUAUAGGCCGAACCUACAAUCUACUAUGUCGCCGCCACCUACCGCGACCGGCCCGCGACCAACGGCCCAUAACCGCCCACCUCCUGCGAGUCGGCCGCCUCCUUCUCCUACCCCUCAGGAAGGCGCUGCCGAUCCUACUCUGCUACCAUUAUUCAAAGCUGUCGAUAAGAACAACACUGGUCAGCUCUCCGAAAAGGAACUAUCGGCCGCUCUCGUAAAUGGCGACUGGACGGCUUUCGACCCGCAGACGGUGCGCAUGAUGAUUCGUAUGUUCGACAGUGAUCGAUCGGGGACGAUCGGAUUCGAUGAAUUUUGCGGACUGUGGUCAUUCCUAGCAUCGUGGCGGGCACUAUUCGACCGGUUCGACGCGGACCGCAGUGGCAAUAUUAGUCCGGACGAAUUCAGCAAUGCCCUUGUGGCCUUUCGCUACCGCCUCAGCCCCGGCUUCGUCGACCUGCUCUUCCGUACCUACGACAAGCGUAACGAGGGCGUCAUGAGCUUCGACCUCUUCGUUCAAGCCUGUAUCAGCCUUAAGCGUAUGACCGACGUCUUCAAGAAGUACGAUGAGGACCGUGACGGUUACAUUACCCUCAGCUUCGAGGACUUCCUCGUCGAGAUCUUAAAACAGCUCAAGUGAGGUUGAGACCGGAAACUUCAAGCUGUAUGGCUUCCCACGGAAUUAUUAGUAGGGGGUGAGCAAAGCCAAUGAUGAGGAUUGCCGUAUUUAUAUACGCAAUGGUCUGGAGAACAGAUGUUACCUGUGGGGCUAGCAGCAAGUUCAGGAAUACGUUGCCGAAUACGCGCCAUUUAUUCUGCGUAAGUGUAAGCAAUCCAAACUUAUGUUUCUAUGGGCGGAGAGAGGAUAUGCAUUCGAGGAAUUUCGUUAUGUGAGCUAUCAUGCUAUCUCAUGGGAGUUUUAGAAGUAGAGGCAGAGGCAGGCCCGCGGAUCUUAUUGUUAUUCUCGGUAGAUACCAUCAACCUAUCAUGGCCACAGGGAUGCAUAAUGAACGAAUUCGUCUAACAGACGAGAAAUUCUUUUUUGA